AUGCGAAGUAAAGACCCCGUCAGCCCCGAGGGGCCCAAGGAAGGAUUGCUCCUCAGCAUUGUGGUGCUCAAGGCACGCAAUCUAGCAGCGAAGGACCGAGGUGGCACUUCUGACCCCUACCUCGUUUUGACUUUAGGAGACGCCAAACACAUCACAAGCUCUCAAUCGAAAACACUAAACCCCGAAUGGAACGAACAAUGCCAGAUGCCCGUCACGGGCGUUCAACACAUGCUUCUUAGCGUUUGCUGCUGGGAUAAGGACAGAUUUGGGAAAGACUACUUGGGAGAGUUCGAUCUUGCCCUUGAGGAGAUCUUUGCCGACGGCAAGUUCGAACAGCUGCCCAAGUGGUUCCCACUGAAGAGCAAGCGACCUGGCAAGAAGACAAGCUUGGUGUCCGGCGAAGUUCUGCUCCAGUUCACGCUAUAUGAUGCAGCGAACCCAAAUGCCACCGAUCAACAAGUUGCUGAGAAAUUCGGCACCCUUGUCAAGGCGGUUCCCGAGGCCGAGUCCACAUCGCGGAACCCGACGCCAACCUUGACGCCGGUCUUGGCGCCAACCUCCGCUCCCGGCAAGUCGCCGUCCCCGCCUCUUACACGCCGGGCAACCGACAGGACCGACGUUGACGAUGAUGAUGAUUAUGAUGUGUACGAUGAUGAGACGCCUGAGGAUGAGGAUCCAACUAAGCCAGAAGCCAUUGAAAAGAAGAAGAGGAGACUUCGCAUCAAGGGCCUGAAGCGUAAGAAGAGAGAAAACCCAUACGAGUUCACUAAUGGAGGCUCCAAUGAUGUCAUGGGAAUCAUCUUCUUGGAAAUAUGCAACAUUACAGAUCUCCCGCCCGAGUCUAACUUCACCAAGACCGGAUUCGACAUGGAUCCGUUCGUCGUCGCCUCGCUAGGCAAGAAGACAUACCGCACCAAGGUUGUUAGACACAACUUGAACCCAGUGUUCAACGAGAAGAUGUUGUUCCAGGUUCUUGAGCAUGAAAAGAACUACUCGUUUGCUUUUAUGGUCAUCGAUCGUGAUAGAUACUCCGGGAAUGAUUUCAUCGCCUCGACAUCGCUUCCACUAAAAGAGCUGAUCGACCGGUCUCCCAAGGCUGAUCCGGAGACCGGGCUAUACGAUCUCAGGGACCCUCCCGAGUACGUGCCAUCGCAGCGUUCCCGAUUUGCAAGGCUUGGACUUUCUCGUUCUUCGUCAGCACAAAGCCUCGGGAAACUGAGCCGGCCACCACUAAGCAAGAACCCCUCAACAGUCUCCAAUGUGUCGCAGAUUGCCCCGACCACUCCAGCCCCUACCUCAGCGCCAGGCCCCCAGCUGUCAGGGGAUGGUAUCAUGGAGGCGUCUCAACCUCUACCCAGCCCUGGCCUGCUGGCUCCCACUAUUUCCGGAGGGAGUGGGGGCGGCAAUGGUGCCUCCGUGACCUCCGCCGCGGGUGAGUUGCUCCCGGACAGCGAGGAUGGAGACUUCAGCUCUAUCUCUUUGCCUCUCAAGAUGAAGAACAUUGAUAAGUGGGAGGCCAAGCAUAGCCCCACUUUGGCACUUAGAGCCAAGUACAUGCCAUAUCCAGCUCUACGCCAGCAGUUUUGGAGAGCGUUGCUCAAGCAGUAUGACACAGAUGAAAGUGGCCGUAUCAGCAAGGUUGAACUUACUACUAUGCUUGACACCCUUGGGUCUACCCUACGCGACUCCACCAUCAACCGCUUCUUUCAGCGUUUCCCACACAAGGGAACCAAUGGCGAUGAUCUUAGUGACCUGACCAUUGAUGAGGCUGUUAUUUGCCUGGAGGAUCAGCUGGAGGCUGAAUCGAAGCCGCCAACCGUUGGUGACAGAGUGAAGAGCAUGCUGCCAGACCUCACACAAGCCAAGGACUAUCUCGGUAUUCCUACUAAGAGCGGCGCGGAAAUUCCACAGCCCCCAAGUGAUGCCUCUUCCGAAGUCUUAGGCCCUUCUGCCAGCCAGACGUCAACCUCGACGCUCACCAUCCCGGAGCUUAACACGCCGGGUGAAGAAGGCGAUCUCCUUAACAAGGAUGACCUAAACGACCGUGAGGAGGAGCACGUUGUAGAGAUCCGAGAGUGCCCUAUCUGCCAUCAGCCACGACUGAACAAGCGCAAGGAUGCCGAUAUCAUUACACAUAUCGCUACCUGUGCAAGCCAGGACUGGCGCCAGGUGAAUAACCUCAUGAUGGCUGGUUUCGUCACUGCCAGCCAAGCUCAACGCAAAUGGUACUCCAAGGUUAUUACCAAGAUCUCAUACGGAGGCUACAAGCUGGGUGCAAACUCUGCCAACAUUCUUGUCCAGGAUCGUCUCACAGGUCAGAUUAAUGAGGAGAAGAUGAGCGUCUAUGUCAGACUUGGCAUCAGGCUGCUGUACAAGGGCCUGAAGUCAAACAACAUGGAAAACAAGAGAAUUCGCAAGAUGUUGAAAGGACUCAGUAUUAAGCAAGGAAAGAAAUACGAUGACCCGGCUUCCAAGUCAGAAAUCGAGGGCUUCAUCAAAUUCCACGGACUCGACAUGUCUGAAGUCCUGCGACCAAUUGAGGAGUUCAAGAACUUCAAUGAAUUCUUCUACCGUGAGCUGAAGCCUGACGCGAGACCUUGCUCGGCCCCCGACAAUCCGAACAUUAUCGUGUCCCCAGCCGAUUGCCGAUCAGUUGUCUUCAAUCGCAUUGAUGUUGCGCAGAAGAUCUGGAUCAAGGGUCGCGAAUUCUCGGUUAAGCGCCUCCUUGGUGACGCAUAUCCUGAGGAUGCCAAGCGCUACGAGAAUGGUGCUCUGGGCAUCUUCCGUCUGGCACCUCAAGAUUACCAUCGCUUCCACAUCCCAGUUGAUGGCACUUUGCUGAAGCCUAAGUUGAUCGCCGGAGAGUAUUACACCGUCAACCCCAUGGCCAUCCGUUCUGCUCUGGAUGUCUAUGGCGAGAAUGUUCGCGUCAUUUGCCCAAUCGACAGCGUUAAACACGGUAGAGUCAUGGUUGUGUGCGUUGGCGCUAUGAUGGUCGGUAGCACCGUCAUUACUAGGAAAGAGGGCGAGCAGGUUAAGAGAGCCGAGGAGCUCGGCUACUUCAAGUUUGGUGGCAGUACGAUCGUCCUCCUGUUCGAGGAUGGCAAGAUGAAGUUUGACGACGACCUGGUCGACAAUUCGACUGGAGCUCUCGAGACUCUGAUCCGCGCGGGUACAUCCGUGGGCCACUCGCCCAACGAGUCGCAAUGGACACCAGAUAUGCGCAAGGACGAGAAGGACGUCACGGAGCAAGACAAAAAAGACGCCAAGCGCCGCAUCCAGGGCAGCUUGUCCUUGGAGGAGUCGCCCGAGGACAGCGACGAUUCUCCUGUCCCCAGUCAGGGGAUUCAGGGCCCGAUCUAG